GGGGGUUUCUCCAAUGUUUUUAAUUUUAUCAGGAGAAAAUAAAAAAUUCACCAGUACAAGCGAGGAAAAUUUGUCCCGUAUUUGAGCAUCAGAUUCGAAAUCGACAGUGUUGUAUUAGUUGAUAUUCAUGAAACACUGAGAUAGCUCUGUCAUUCUGAUUCGAAACGAAACCCUCACAGGUAUGAUUUGGUCCUAGUAUGCAUGAGUACAAUGCGUUACAAUAAACCACGGAUAAUGAUGAAUGUAUCUUGCUUUGGAAGGAAUCUUGUUACUGCAUGCUCUUUGUCUCCUGUGCAGCUUCCGGCACAAAAUGAAGCACAUUUUUGGUAUGUUUUGCCUAAUGAGGUAAAGUGCAAAAACCUAUUGAACAGAUAUUUUGAAAUAUUAUCACCUUGUGAGAAAGAAAAUGUACUUCGUAUGCGUGGGGAGGAGCUGAAGAAAAGUGCACUCCUUGCUCGUGCAUUGGUUCGCACUACACUAGCAAGAUACCAGACAAAUUGUCAGAUUGAUCCAAAAUCCUUGAAGUUUAGGAAGAACAAUUAUGGCAAACCUGAGGUAGACUGGCAAUAUGCUGAUGAUUGGAGCCUACCGCCACUACAUUUUAAUAUCUCGCACACUUCUUCUUUGAUAGCAUGUGGAGUAACUGUGGGUUCGCCGAUUGGUAUUGAUGUGGAAGAGAAGCAGAGGAGGUUAAAGAAUGACAUUUUAGCCUUUGCAUGUCGAUACUUUUCUCCCCAUGAAGUAAAAAUGCUGACUCACAUUGUAGAUCCUGAGCUUCGGCAUCCUGAGUUUUUAAAAUUAUGGACUCUCAAGGAGGCAUAUGUAAAAGCACUAGGAAGGGGCUUCUCAGCAUCACCUUUUAAUACUUUCACUGUUCGAUUAAGAGACCAAAUGAAAAGAGGCAUUCAUGUUCUACCUCAUGUGAUUUCUAAGGAAGUCGAAAUUACUGUUGAUCCUUCCGUCGAUCAUAAGAAUCUCUCAAGCAAUUGGAAUUUUGUGCUUCUAGAGUUACUUGGUUCUCAUUAUGCUGCCGUUUGCAUAGAAAAGGACACCACCAGUGCAGACAAAGGAAGCAUUUCAGUAAAUCUGACCAUACGUAAAACAAUUCCAUUUGUUGAAGAUGAAUGUAUUUCUGGAAUUGAUACUGUGGCAGUAAUUGGGGGAUCGAGUAAACUGCUGGUGUGUUAAUUGGUGAUUCUAUAAUAAAAUGGAAGUUUCACCAACAACACAGCUUUACAUUUUCGGAAUCAUCAGUGUUCUAAUUUAUUUUAGAACUCCAUUUUUUCUUGUUGCCUGGGAAGUCUGGGAGAUACUGUCCGAGAUGCUGGUAUGUGAUAUCUACCGAACUCCAUUUUUUCACUAUGAAUGUAUCUCAUAGUGCUUCUCCUUUCUACUUGGUCACCACACCGGUCAGAAUCACAAAAACCAGUUAACUUGCUUUCAUGCUCCUUUGGCUUUGGAAACAAAAUACCAUGAUCAAUUGUACCUUGCAGAUGCCUCAUGAUCCUCUUGACAGCUUGCAUAUGAACUAAUUUGGGGCUUUGCAUAAACCUACUAACCACUCCUACAGUGUGACAAAUAUCAGGCCUUGAAUUGAAUGCAUAUCUUAAGCAACCAACCAUCUGCUUGUAUAGAAUAUUGUCAACAUCUUUACCAUCUUCAUCAGCACUCAAUAUAUAUAGACCAGGGCGCUGCACCUCGCGUAGCCAGGCCUGCACCUUACGCAGGAGGCAGCAGCUCAACCUGGUUUCGCAACUCCGUUUGCGCCUAGCGCAGAAGGCAGACUUGAAGCCUGUUUUCUGAACAUUAAUUUCAAGGCAAUUACAUGCUGCAAGUCCAACAAUUCUCUAAAUUUGUUAUAUCAUGAUUUGUAAUUAAUAUCAUCCACUCUUGUAUUGAUACUUGAAUCCUUUUAGUCAUAUUUGUCUUAUAAGGCCCGUUUGGUGCACAUGAUAACAUAGUGAUA